CUCAAGGCCGAAGCAAACGAGGAUAUGUAUGUAGAUUCGGCCGAAGAAUGUGAAGCAUUUAAACGGAGUGUUCUCCCAUCCAAAAAAUUGUUUAAACAGAAAUCGAGAUACCCGCACACUUCUGCCAAUACGUCAUUGUUCCUUUGGGCUUCCGUUAAAUUCCAAGCUUGACGUCUUAGAUCUACUUUCUGGAAUUUCGAGAAAAGAAAAACACUCCCCUCAUCUCCCCUCCCCCUCAGAUUCACCUGAGUACAGCUCCGGCAUGUCGUCCAACUUAGUUCCGUAUGAUCCGGCCAAAGUUAUGGUCAUCCGAGAAGUUGUGCCCAACGCGAUCACGACCUUUUCAUCUCCAUUCCUGCGGUUUGGUAAGAUAAAGGUUGGUGGAAGAGGAACUGUUGUGCGCCUACGAUCCGGAGCUCUGGCGGUCUUCUCACCUACCUCAUUGACGGAUGAAGUGAAAGCUACAGUUGAAAAAUUGGGAGAAGUGAAGUACAUUACUGCCUUAGAUGCCGAACAUCACAUAUUCCUCGGCCCAUGGCACGCCGCCUACCCCUCUGCAAAAGUCAUCGGUCCUGAGGGGCUCCCCGAGAAACGUACAAAGCAGAAAAAUGAGAAUGUGCCAUUCAGCUAUAUCUUUAAAGCAAAGCAGCCACUCCCGUCAAUCGAUCCUGAAUUCGACGCUGAAUUCGAGUACGAAUAUGUUUAUGCGCACCCGAACAAGGAGCUUGUAUUCAACCACAAACCAACGAAGACGCUUAUACAGGCGGAUUUGAUAUUCAACUACCCCGCCACUGAGCAAUUUAGCAAGACAGGCGUCAGCGCAGCAACCGGGAUUUUAACGAAGCUGUUCGGCUCCCUCACAAGUACGACCGGAAAUGGGCAGAAGCGCUUCAUCUGGUAUGCUAUUAGUAGCGGGGAUAGGGCUGGCUAUGGCGCCUCAGUCUCCAAGAUCGACAAGUGGGAUUUCGAUCGAAUCAUCCCCUGCCACGGCGAUGUGAUUGAGACAGGUGGCAAGGGAGUCUUCCAGAAGCUCAUGGAAUGGCAUUUGAAUGGCAAGAAGUCGUAGAUUUCAGUGCAGAUGUGCGAGAGAGGUCGAGAUUCGUCGGGGCAGUGAACUUUUACCUUUUAAUGCCUAUGAGUUUCUUUCCUAAUUAUGCUGUGUAGUAACCCCGAUCCUAGACCAGACAGGGCCCUGGUACCAAGAAACCCCCAACCUACUUUGCGCACACCAUUUUUCAUAGCUUCUGGAAGGGGAGGCUAAUAUGUAGAAUAAUUUUU